UGUUUUAGACCCUGAUGUUGUUUCCCUGGAGAUCAUUCCUAGCAAAUGGAGGUCCAUUUCCUGUCACUAUUAGCAACCUAAAUCCCAUAAAUUACAGCAUGCAGGUACGAGCCUUCCAAUGUUUAUUCUUGCACAUACUUAGUACAUAUUAAAUCAGUUAUCUUGUGUGUUUCCAACAACAUACAGAUCACUAUAGAAAUAAAAUAGCUUUUUGCUGUUUGUUAAAUAAAUCUGUCACAUUGUUCUGAAGUUCAGCAAAACAAAUAUUUCUUUGUCUUGUUACCAUCAGUGCCAGAAGGCUUAUCUAAAAUCAUCCUCUUAUAUAGAAACUUGUUGGUUUGAUCCCAAUAAGUUGGGAUCUCAAGGUGUCUCAUUCUUUCUAGUUAUGCCUAUGUGGACUGAAUGAUGAGGAUCGAAGAGUAGCACAUGGAGAGCUGGUUAGGGUGCAUUUUAUAAUGGAUGAUGUGCUCCAAAGUCAUUAUGAAGGUCUGCAAGAUCCCAGAAAACAGCAAACAUCUUUCAGCAAGCAGAAUUCAGCAGCCAGUGCUGGAGCGAGUGCAAAGCCUUUGAAAAAACUGCCGGAGCUGCCUGACUUCAUGGCCUCCUGUGCCUUUCAGAGAUCUUACCUUAUCCUGUGGAAGCAAUUAGAAAUGGUAAAAGCAGAAUGGGGAAGACUAAAACUGAAAGUUGAAGAUAUCAAUACAGUUCCUCUGUACAAGCAGUUUUCUGACCUAUAUGGUACUGAAGUUUUGUACCCUGCUAUGAGGUCCAUAGCCAGGCAGAGGGGUAUAGAAGAUGGAUUUGAUGGAUUUGAAGCUGCGUCUCAGUGUAUGCUCUCCCUGAAUGAAGCCUCAGAAGUUGAGAUAAAAACACACCAGCUUCAAAAACUCUUGGAAAGUCUAGAAAUACACAUGAUCCAUGACGUACAAAAGAAAAUUAACAAAGAAAUGACACUGGUUAUAUCUGAAAAAACAAGAGAGGGGAGUAACCUCCCUACAGAGCUUUGGAAGCAUCGUAGCAUGCAAGAAAUCUUCUCUGUCACAAGGCCAGAAAUAGCUGAGUCAUUUAUACAGAGGCUAAUGGAAAAUCACAGAGAGACUGAGACAGAGAUUGCCUUUCAGAAAGACCAUUUGCAAAAAUGCCUCACUACCCUAGGUUGUGACAUCAUGGCCAGAGAACGCAGGAACUUUGAAACCUAUUCCAUGUUUUACGAAAAUAUACUCCAUCAGCAACAUCAACUUCUCUAUCAAAAAGAACAAGUAUUUCUUAUGCUGUUGAUCCAGUGGUGGGAAAGGGGGCAGCGAGUUGCAUCAAUUUCUUUGCACUGGAAGCUCUUUGUAUGUUGGUGUGCCAAGGAAAUUAAUCUAUAUCAGGUUAGUGGUAGUAACUUUCCUGUUUUCAUUCAGGAGGCACCUGGAAGGGUGGCAGAACUGAGUCAUGAGAUGAUUAUGGAAAUAAUGGCUCUGAGAGCCAGACUUGAUGAUUUACAAGAAGAAGGUCACAUCCAAAAAGAGAAAAUAAGAAAAGAAGUGAAAGAAGAUGAUGAAGCAUUAGUGCAAAAUAUGUUUAUGAUGUGUCUGCAACUGAAAGGGAAGUUGGAAGAGUAUCGCUUAAACAUGAACAGUCACAUUUUAGAGAUAAUCAGUGAAGUAAGAAGAGAAGGGAUAGAGAAAAUGAUCGACCUGAAGAAAAAGUUUGGCUCCACAAAAGAUAAUGAUGCACUCAAAGAACAUUUAACUCAGCAGGAGCAGUUGCAGGAGCUACGGGAUGAAAACAGCCACUUGAAGCAAUUACUUUGCAAACUGAAGGCCAUGAGCUGCUGGAAAGAAACAAUGCAAAAAGGACGCAUGUCAGUUCUGUUAAGAGAAGUGGAGAAGGAAGCCAUUCAAAAUAAAAAAGAGUGCCUGAAAUCCAAGAUGAUGUCCGAACAUGAGACAAGGUUAUUUGGUAAGCAACUGAAGGCUGCAAGGAAAGCCUUGGCAGAGUUUCAGGCAGAGAAUAAAAGGCUGAAGCUGCAGCUAGACAAACAGGAAUACCUGCUACAGGAGGCAAAGCAUAAAAUGAAUCAAGAAGCUCUCAAAAGGCAGCAACUAGAUCAGAUUAGGACAACCAACUUGGAAAGAAUGCUGGAAAACCUCAGAGAAAGAGAGCUGAGCAUGCAGGGCCUGUCAGAGGACACUGCAAAAUUGUUGAAGCAAAAGCAGCUUGAGGGGAAAAAAGCUAAGAGAGAAAUCCAGCAAGUAAGAACCCAGCUGACCCAGGAACGCAGUUUAAAAAUGAAUGCUUUCCAGCGGGUAGAUGAGCUGCAGUGUCAGCUUUAUGACUUGGAAGCUGCAACAUCUCAGAAACCUUCCUCCACAGGCUAUGCUUCAUGGAGCCAGAAUACAGGAAUGUCAAUGUUUACAUUAACCAGGGAUUUCAGGCCGCAUCUUUUGUCUGCUUACUCUGCAAGUAGCAUUAAGUCAAAGAAGGGUGGAAGACCCAAGACAGUACCUACUGGAUGGAAAAACAGAAUAGUAGAUUCCCUCUUGCCGGAUCUUACAGAACACAUUUAUUCUCCCGUGCAACUCUGUGGACAGAAGGCACCUCAGAAAUAAGCUGUUACUGCUUUUACAAACAUUUUGUUCACCAGGUUAACGCCACAACAUAGUGGAAGCAGUUUCAAAUGAGAAUGUGUUACUGGUUAAGUUUGAAAAUGGGAUGUUA